GUGCGCCUGUCAGUCUGCUGUUAGCUGCCUCCGACUCGGUUCGGCCUCCGGCUGCUGCCACUCCGCUUACAAUCUAAACUAAAUUUAUUAUCACUACUCAAUUUUAUCUAUAUUCCGUUAUUCUACCUUUCCGCGGAGUCCGCCUCCCGUUCAGUGAGCCCCUCCCUCGAUUGUUCCACACGAUUUCCUUUCCACGAAAAGUGUCUUCCAGUUGUGCGUUACAAGUGUUAUUUGUUGUUAUGACAAAUAAAUCUGUUAUUUUGUGUUUUGAUGAUAAAUAAUGGAUCAUUUCGGAUUAAAAUCAGCCGACAACAAUCUCAACGAGCCCAACAACAAUAGAAACAAGUCCAUUUGGCAACAGAAGCCCCAGAGUUCAUCAUCGAGAAGGCAUAACAUCAACAUCGUCCACAACUUAAAUAACAACAACAAGGAUGUUAUUGGGACGCGGUGGACCAAGGAGCAGGGGGCUUCGCCAGAGGCCAAAGAGCAAGAAGAAACGUCAACCCAAGCCAGCGACAGGGGAAUGAAAUUGAUUUCCGGGCAGAACACGAUGUGCCAUAGCACAGCAGCUGUCAAUACCAAACAAGCUAUGUGCGAUGGAGGGCUCAGUUAUAGCUACAGUUACAGCAGUGAGCAGCUUGGUACAAAGGUUGAGAUGGUCUACAACCUUCUUUCCAUGCUGGGGACGCAUGACCGAGCAGACAUGACAUCAACACUCCUUGCCAUGAGCAGUUCUCCCGACAGUUGUAAAGCCAUGAGACAGUCAGGGUGUCUUUCUCUUUUGGUACAACUUGUUCAUUCGAGCGGAGAGAGCACGGUUGUGCGCCAGAGGGCGGCAGAAGCUCUUCGCAACAUGGUUUUGUGUCAUAGUGAUGAUAAGAGAGGGCGACGAGAGGCCAGGGUGCUUCGCCUUCUCGAGCAAGUGACCAACUACAGUGAUUCUUUAACAUCCUCGGGGUUGGGCAGCGAGGGCCACUGUGAAGAAUCUCACCCUGGUCCUGCCAUCGCGGCACUCAUGAAGCUAUCGUUCGAUGAAGAGCACCGGCUGGCCAUGUGUCAGCUCGGCGCUCUUUAUGUGAUCGCCAGGCUCGUUCAGGUCGAAGCUCCUUAUCACCAAGAAUGCUGCGUGACCUUAAAGCGUUACGCCGGAAUGGCCCUGACCAACCUGACUUUCGGUGACGGAAACAACAAAGCCCUUCUCUGUUCCAUGAAACCAUUCAUGGCCGCUCUUGUAGCGCAGUUAUCAUCAAACAGUGAAGAUCUCACUCAGGUUACAGCAAGUGUACUAAGAAACUUGUCCUGGAGGGCGGACGCUGCAAGCAAGCAAUCCCUUCGGGAAGUCGGGUCAGUUCCGGCGCUCAUGAGAGCCGCCAUGGCAGCGACAAGAGAGCAAACUUUAAAAUCUGUCUUGUCUGCUCUAUGGAAUUUAUCAGCACACUGCAAUAUAAACAAGGUGGACAUUUGUAGCGUUGAAGGAGCUCUACAAUACCUCGUUGAAAUGUUAAAUUAUCAGUCAUCUUCUAAAACACUCUCGGUCAUAGAAAACUCUGGAGGGAUUUUGCGAAAUAUUUCUAGUCAUAUUGCCGUACGUGAAGAUUACAGAAAAAUCCUCCGUGAGCACAACUGCCUCGCUAUCCUCCUCAGGCAACUUCAAUCCGCAAGUUUGACAGUGGUGAGCAAUGCAUGCGGGACGCUUUGGAACCUUUCAGCCAGAUGCGCCACAGAUCAAAGAGCGCUUGUGGCACUCGGUGCUGUGCCCAUGUUGACUUCGUUGGCACACUCGAAGCACAGGAUGAUCGCGAUGGGGGCUUCUGCGGCAUUGAAGAACCUUCUUCCUGUUCGUUUAGCACAGCAGCAAGCUCAAACGCCUUCAGGGAGUGCAACACUCCUUGUGAGAAAGAGAAGGGCCCUCGAAGCGGAACUGAACAGCUCGCUGUCCGAAACAUGCGAUAACAUCGAUCCGUCGCCCAUCUGGGACGCUGAGCAAGUAACGACUACUCCGGCUAAAGAAGACUGCGAUCAGAUAAAUCAGACGAUACAACACAUCGAGGAGACCUCGGACCAACCUGUGAAUUAUAGUCUUAAGUAUUGCGAGAAAGAAAACAAAACAAAUGAGACAGACAAUGAUGCAGUUAAUUACAGCAUUAAAUUCAAAGAUGCAGAGAACUCUGAGCAAAAGCCUUACUUCAAUGAAGAAACAGGCGGUGAUUAUGCAGAAACGGAUCUCGAUCAAUUGACUGAUUAUAGUUUAAGGUAUAACGAAGAAGAACAGACAGAGCAGCAGGAUUCACCCAGCCCAUCACUGAACAAAUGUAAGGAAAUUGAGAAGCCAAAUGAACCUGUUAAUUCGGUAGAAGCUUCGCCAGGAAAAUUAGAUUCAGGGAAACCUACGACUUUGGAAACGCCGUUGAUGUUCUCGAGGUGCAGUUCACUAGGUUCAUUGAGCAGCUGUGAGCAACAGGACGAUUGCAGAUCUUCUGUAGUGAGCGAAUUCAGCCGGAUGACGAGUGGCAUUCUCUCGCCGAGCGAGGUGCCAGAUUCGCCUACUCAGACAAUACCGCCAAGCCCUCGGGUCAAAGUCCCACCUGUUCUAACAGAGACAAACGAAGCGGAAGAAAAGCCAUCCGGCCAACCUGGAGUCUUUGACGAUGCAGUCGUAGCUUUUAAGGAAGAAAGCACACCUGCGCAGUUUUCCACGGCGACUAGUCUGAGUGAUCUCACCUUUGAUGACGAAGGACAUGAGGGAAGAAAAGAAAUUGAAUUGGCAGCAGUGUCAGAAGAAGAAGACGAGCAUGUUUUAGCCGACUGUAUCAAUAUCGGAAUGCAAAACAACAGAGACCGUGUUGAAUCCGGGUCUAUGGCACAAAACAGCCGGAUACCACGAGUGAGAGGAAUCCCCGUUAAGAUACCAACUCGUCAGACGCAGCAUAUGGAGGACACUCCUGUACAGUUCUGCACCGAAGACACCCCUGCGAGCUUAAGUCACGCUACGUCCCAUAGCGAGCUUUCCUGUGCUUUGUCCGACGCCUCAUCCGAUCACGAAAACAUCCUUGCUGAAUGCAUACAAUCCGGCAUGCCGCAAGCUCAGAAUGGAAGCCAAGUUGAACUUAAAGCGAAAGUAUCACAAGUUGCUCCCAGAGGAAAAGCGACAAUUGUUAAACCUAGACCAGUGUCUAUUCCAACACCAAGGAUGAGGCAGUUGGUGGCUGAAGACGAAGUUUCAGUUUUUGCCACUGAAGGAAGCCCUGGAAACUUCUCGAUCAGAUCUUCGCUCUCGGAUCUAACGAUUAAUUCCAAACCUGAAAGGCUCGGAAUUGAAACUCCUCCACCUGCCGAGAAUCCAUCGCCUCUGAGCUCUCUGGAUCCAGAUGUUACAGUCGAUGAAGUUGAAGCUGUUACUGUGCUCUCGGGGGCUUCGGCGGAUGAGGUAACUCUGGCCGAGCAAGAAGACCAGGCACUUCUCAUGCAAGUCAUUUCAUCUGGAAUGCCUUCAGUCCCUGAUAAAAUGAAAGACAGCACUGACACAUGGGCAGAAGAAACUCCCAACGACAUGUCAUAUCCGAGUUUGAGUAUGGCACCACCUGUUAUCCACUCAUACGACAGUGCUGAAGACGAAGAUGACAAGGAUAAGACUGAUCAAGAUAUCACAUUGACAGAAUCAAGAGUGAUAAAACUCAAUUCGGGAAAAGUAGCUCUUAUAUCUCAUCUAGAAAUGGAAAAUAGUUUUGUCGGGAUAGAUGAAAUCCAGCCGCCUUCCAAUAUGGCUUCGAUGAUCUCGAUGUCCAGCUGUACUUCCAUCAAUGACAAAUACCCGAAGAAAGAUUUCAAACUUACAGAUAGCCUUCUCAACGGAAGCGUCCUUGAACUCGACCAGGUCCAACCGCCUUCGGCCAUGGACUCGAUCAUUUCACUAUCGUGUUCAAUCGAUGUCGACAAGAAAAAAUUACCGCAGAAAGAGGCGAGUCUUCUUGAAAACGUCAAGCCGCCGACUGAAAUGGAGGAGAUGGUCGAUCUUGACAACAGCAUCAUGAGCGUGGCGAGCAUCAGUUCAGAAAUCGCUGACGGCAUUGACGACAUCACAUUAGAAGCCACGCCGCCCUCACAACGGAAGAUGACGCCAAAGCAGAGACGAGAGCUUGGAAAAUUCAGAUAUAACACAUAUGUGAUUAAGGGAGAACCGAAAGGAGGAAAGGAACAAGUGCAAGAAGUUGAGACUAAGCCGAAGGAAAGAACAACACCUAAGCAACGGAGGCAAGCUGAUAGAGAUAGAUUUAGGACUAGAACAAUCAAUGAUGUGCCUCCGCCUCCAAAUGUAGAAAGAUUGUCGAGUGUAGAGAGUGAGAGCCAGGCGAGCGAGGGAAGCAUUUCGCCGCUAGAACAGCCUUCUGAAAGCCCGAGCGAAGCCGAGGAGCCGCCGAGGCCGAUCGUCGUCAAACCUCCUGAGGUUAAAAGCAUCAGAGGAGGAGCCAGCCGGAGCAGCGCCAUCCCGGUGGUGCGAAGCCCCGUCAAAAUCCCUCAGCCCGCUGUCAAGAAGAAGUCGCAGGUCGUCCAACCCUUGCAGAGACAGGGCACUUUCACAAAGGAUGAAGCUUCCUCUAGCAUUCCCGUACCUAUCAAAAAAAUAGCAUCACCUCUUAAAAAGAACCCCAUAGCCCCGAGCAAGAAUGCCGCCGGGAGAGGCAGGGCUGCCAGUCUUCCGAAUAAGCCGGGGUUCGGCGUUCGCACUUCCGUUAGCAACCAGAGCCUAAAGUCGGCGUGCUCCGACCAGAGCGGAUCCGGCAGGUGGCACUCGAACUCGAGUCUGAACUCGCAGGCGGCAGCGCCCGUGAAGAAAGAGGCCACUUCGAAGAUCGCCAGCCUGUGGAAAAAAGUCGACGAAUCAAAGAAAAAACAGACUGGAAAGGAUUCGCGGGUUUGGAUACCGCCGGAACCAAAGAACAAGCAGAUGGCUUGAAAUGUAAAUAUUCUUUUACCAUAAAUGAGCUUUAGGUUGAUAAAUGAUCAAUGCACCCAGGUGUAACCAUCAAAGGGAUUACGAGCUCCUUUUUAUUUGUUAUCUUGUAUUAUUAUUUUUUUAGACUUUUUAAUAAAUACACAAUUUAAUUAAUUACAAAAACAAAACAUUCAGAUUCAAAUUAUGCUUGUCUGUCUUGUUUUUCAAUUUUUCAUGAGCAGAAUUCUCUUGAAACCCUUUUCAUCACGUAAGUUCCAAAGAGCUGUGCAAUAAACUGCAACUUAUUUGUAAGAUGUAGUAGCUUUUAUUUUUUAUUUUUUUUAUUUUAUUAAUUAAUAUUUUUAAAGUGUUUUAAUAGAGUUAGCUCAAAACCUUAAUUUUCUCUUUCUUUAUUGUAUAAUUUGUUUUACUUUAAAAAAAAAAAUCUUUUAUGUUUUUGUUACAACUUUUGUACGAUCAGACUGCUUAGUAGUAAUAUAUUUUUUGUAUUAGUCAAUCAUAUAGGUCAUUAAUUAAAAUGAAUCGGAAAAAUGCGAAAGUUAAUUGAUAUAUUUAGAAUUUAUUGUUAGCUAAGUCUGUUCCAUUUUUAACGUUCAACAUUAAAACUGGAGAUUACAUAAUAUAUAAAAACAUUGUUUUC